GAUGUCUCCAAGAGUUUCCCGGUUUCCGAGUUAAUACUGAGCCUGCUGUCUCCGGGACUAGAGAGGACCAGAACCUAACCUAGAUAUAGACAUUUAAACUUAAAGGUUAAGGUUUGAGAAUGAGGUUGGUUUUAGCUCUGAGUGUUGGUUUGAGCUUGAUAGCCGGGAUAUCUGGUCAAGGAUCAGGGUACGGAGAUGAAGGAUGUGCAGAUGAUCAAGUAUCAUUCGAACUCAUCACAGGUUACGUGUACACAGCUCCCUCCGACAUGUUGGAUUCCCAGCCUGGAACUCUCAUGUUGACUGAUUGUAUUGAAACCUGCCGGGCAAACACUACCUGUAAAUCCAUCAACUACGAGACCGGGCUAUGUGUACUCUUCUCCUCGUCAGCUGAAGAAAAUGCUGGUCAGCUGACUCCGUCCCAGUUCCCCGUCUUCACUAUAUACGUUCAGAAGAAUUGCUUACCGUCAGCUGAUCUCUGUGACGCGGCCUGGAGCUUCGAGAGGGUGAUGAAUCAUCAGCUGGAUACUCCGAUUGGUAAGAGUGGUCAGGUUGCAAACAGACAAGAAUGUAUGGAGUUAUGUUUGUCUAAUACAGAUUUUGAGUGCAGGUCUGCCAUGUUUACUGAGGGGACUGGAGAAUGCCGUCUAGCUCAGAUGGAUCGACACUCACUGGCCGGUCGACCUGGGUUCGAGGAUGCUCAAGGAGUUCAUUACAUGGAGGUCAACUGUGUAUCCGAUCCAUCCAGGUUGUGUCUGUACAGUAGGGAGCGUGGAAAGAUCCUGAAGACUGUUGAUGCUGUUUAUCAAGCAAUUGCAUCCGAACAGGACUGUCAAGAUCUCUGCAACAAUGCCCCAUUCAGAUGUCACAGCUACGAUUACAAUGAUACCGGAGAUAAUGUUUGCAGACUUUCUCAUCAUUCUGCUGGAACACUGACACAGGUUGAGGAACCCUAUCUAUAUAUUGAAGAAGCUACGACCUUCCAACUCUCUGCUUGUUACAAUGUAUCUAUCGCCUGCCACUCUGGUGACAUGACUGCCAAUAUCCGAACCACCAGUCUCUUCGACGGAAAGAUCUACGCCAAGGGGAGCCCCGUCACCUGUAUGCAGGACAUCAAGGACUCCAUGGACUUCAGCAUCACGAUGAAGUAUACGGAUCUGGAGUGCGGAGUGACUAGAGAGGGCCUAGGAGGUUAUAUCAACGAGGUUAUUAUCCAGCAUCAUGACAGUAUUGUAACCUCAGCUGACCUCGGUCUCCAGCUCUCUUGUGAGUAUGAUCUGACCAACAAGAGUGUUUCCAAUGACGUGGAUCUGAGUAUCACUGGAGAAAUAUCUCCAAGUCUGUUCGAGGAGUCAGUUGUAGACUCUCCUAAUGUUGUGAUGAGGGUUGCAGAUGAGAACGGACAGGAUACCAAAACUGCAGUGGUCGGAGAUCCUCUAUCAAUGGUGUUUGAGAUCCUAGACCCUGAAUCCCCUUAUGAGAUCUUUGUUCGUGACUUGAUCGCUGUUGACGGAGCUACAGAUACCGAACUCCUAUUGAUCGAUGAGCGAGGAUGCCCAACGGACGCAGCAAUCAUGGGAGAAAUAAGAAAAUCUCCUCUGAGCAACAAAACCUUAUCAAGUAAGUUUGAUGCGUUUAGAUUCCCAACUAGCGACGUAGUUCAGUUCCGUGCUAUGAUUACACCUUGUCUACCUGCCUGUGAACCUGUUGUCUGUGAUGUACUGGAUUAUACUGGACAAUCUAAAGCUAUCGACUCCUACGGCCGAAAGAAGAGACAAACCAACACAGCAAUUGAUCUUUUUGAUACGCCAAGACGAGUUCGAAGAGCUGCCAACCCAGAGGAGAUGCUGGUCGUCCAGUCCUUGAAGAUCGUGGACAGGUACGGGAAGAGAAAGGAGAAGGACCAGUUGGAGAAGAAAACUAGACGACUUGAAGAAGAUUCCAACUCAAAUUUCUUCGGAGAAAAGGUUUUGGACGAUAUCACUGAGGACUUGUUGGGCGCAGACUGCUUGGAUAAAACCAGUAUGAUCACCGGAGCUGUGGUGUUCCUCCUCGCUCAGCUCAUCAUUGUCAUCAUGUUUGCCCUCAUCUGGAGAAAGAACCAGAAGGGUAAAGAUAAGAGUCUGAGCUCCCUGGAUAGUAGUAGGACUGACUCCUUGUCGUAUAUGUAUGAUGCCGGGUUUGCCAGGAGGGUUCAAUGAACACCAGGACAAGACCCAAAACCUAAAUUAAAUCCAAUGUUUUCCAAUAACUAUGAAUCUCAAAUGUUACCAGUUGUGUGACAAGAUAUAAUGUGAGCUAGCAUAUCUUGAAACCUAACUCUAGGGAUAAAUAUAAAACUGUCUUCCAUUCAAACACUAGAAUUAUAUAUUUUCCAGCCAAAGAUCUGCGGAAUUAUUUCCCUAGCAUAAUUGUCUUCCAAGCGUUAGUUAAUGAAUCUAUAAAAAAAUAAAACUGUGAUGCGUGAAUGAAUGAUGAAUGAAUUGAUGAAAAUGAGUUUAGUGUAAAUAGCUUUUUUCUAAUAUGGCAAUUUUUUAUUUUUUCCAUGCUUAUAACUAUUUCAGGAUGAUUGUUGCUGGUGUCUUGACAAAACAUAUUUCCAAACUUUAGUUGAAAGGAAUUGAGUCUUUGCCACAAACUCUGAUUUUCUAAUCACUCUAUC